CGUCUCGUUGUCGAAUCAGAAAAAAAUCCACAUCGGAAUGUCAGAAAAAAUUUUUCGUCAGCUCGAUGCCGAUGCUGGAAGUACAGCAUUUUUCUUUCUUCUUGAAAAUUCAUCGUUGUGGAUACGUCGUUUUCUGCGUGCUCUACAAUGGCAUCUGGGACAUUAUAUGCAAUUCCCGGCAAUUUCCGCACCGACAAAGUGCUCAUCGCCUCACAGUAUUCCGGUGCCCACGUGAAAACAUCUCCGGACUUUGUUUUCGGAGAAACUAACAAAAGUGAGGAAUUCUUGAAGAAGUUCCCUCUCGGAAAAGUACCAGCUUUCGAAACAAACGAUGGCAAAUAUUUAGUUGAAAGUAACGCUAUUGCCUAUUAUCUGGCCACUCAACAAUUACGUGGCACCGAUGUCGUGCAACAAGCUCAAGUCGUCCAGUGGUUAGAUUUCGCUGACGGUGCUAUCUUGCCGGCUUCAUCGAGAUGGGUGUUUCCUUUAUUAGGUAUAUUCCCGUUCAACAAACAGACUGUCGAAAGCGCGAAAACAGAUGUAAAAUCAGCGUUGCAAUUUUUAGAUGAAUAUUUAUUAACUCGUACGUACUUAGUUGGAGAACGUAUUACUUUGGCAGAUAUCGCCGUUGCUACAUCUUUAUUCCAGUUAUACACUCACGUACUUGAUCCUAGUUUUAGAAAACCAUAUAUAAACGUGAACAGAUGGUUUGUUACUUUCAUCAACCAACCCGAAGUAAAAACAGUCAUCGGUGAAUUUAAAUUGUGCGAAAAACAAACCGAAUACGAUGCUAAAAAGAUCGCCGAUCAGAAAGCUAAAUCUGCUCCUAAGGACAAAAAGGAGAAAAAACCAGCACCUAAGAAAGAAGCUACUCCUAAACCAACUGCUCCUCCUGCCGAAGAACUAGACCCUGCUGAAGAGGCUUUGGCAGCCGAACCUAAAUCUAAGGAUCCAUUCGAUUCUCUCCCUAAAGGAACUUUCAAUAUGGAUGAUUUCAAGAGAUGUUACUCCAACGAAAGUGAAGACGUUUCUGUUCCUUACUUCUGGGAGAAAUUCGACAAAGAGAAUUAUUCAAUUUGGUUUGGCGAGUAUAAAUACAAUCACGAACUCACCAAGGUUUUCAUGAGUUGUAAUUUGAUAACCGGUAUGUUUCAAAGGUUAGAUAAGAUGAGAAAGCAAGCUUUCGCCUCAGUUUGUUUAUUCGGUGAAGAUAAUAACAGUACUAUUUCCGGUGUUUGGGUCUGGAGAGGUCAAGAUUUAGCUUUUGAGCUGAGUUCUGAUUGGAAGACCGAUUACGAUACGUAUGAAUGGACCAAGUUGAACCCCGAUGAUGCAAAAACCAAACAGUUGGUCGAAGAUUACUUCUCGUGGAAGGGAACUGACAAAGAUGGACGUAAAUUCAACCAAGGAAAAAUCUUCAAAUAAAUUUCGUGUUUUCAUUUACGAGUUGCGAGAUUAUCCAUCCAAGAUCGAUUAUGCAUUUUAAUUUGUUUUUAAUUCAAUUCCUCCAUAGUACUCCUUUGUGAAGGUUAAACCUCUUAUAGAUGUUUCUUUUUUGAAAAAAAAAAAUAAUCAUAAUAAAUCGUUCUGAUUUUACUAACAAAA